AUGUCAUCCAAGAAAUCCGCCAGUAUCCAACAAUUGCUCGCCGCUGAACAAGAAGCCACAGAAAUUGUGAAGGAAGCCAAGAAACAAAGAUUAAUCAAGUUGAGAGAAGCUAAGGAAGAAGCUGAAAAGGAAAUUGCCAAGUUCAAAGCUAGCAAGGAACAAUACUUCCAAAAAUUCACAAAGGAACAAUUGGAAGUCGGUGGUACUAACAAUGAAUUACAACAAAAGAAGGUCCAAAUCAUCUAUAACAUCAAACAAAAGACUCAACAAAAGAGACCUGAUAUUGUUAAAUUCGUUGUCGACAACGUUAUUAAUGUUAACACUGACUUGGAACAAGAACAAGAAGCCUUCAUCGAAAAGAAGAAGAAAGGAAUUUUCUAAAUUUUGUUAUUAAUUUUAAACAUGUAAACUUCACUCCUCCCUCCACAGCUAGUAUUUCCUUGGAAACAACAAGUGGAUACUGGUCGUUUUCUUCCAAACAACCCACAUAAAAAUAUUAUUUUAAAA